GCGCGGGAAAGAGGUGGAGCGCGCGCAGGCCCAGGCAGACUUUGUUCCUGAUAAGGACAGAGAGACUUCAACGACUUCUGCGGCCCAGAUUUUUCAAGGGACAGAUAAAAUGAGUAAGAGGAAGAAGCUUCGGACCUCAGGAGAAAGAGUCCGUCCUUUAAAACCUCCAAAGAACCCAAGGCUAGGAGACUCUGACGGGGGCCCUCAGAGUUCCAAGUCGGGCCAUUUGCGUCACCUUGAAGAGUCAGAAGGCAAGCCGGGACCUGCUUCCUCUACACAGCACAGCAGGGAGGAACCGGGACGGGCAGUCUCCAGCUCCCCUGAUGAGGAAACAGGAGCUCCAUGCAGGCUCCUUGGGCCACCAGAAAAGGAGCCACCUGCCCUUCCUCCUUCCCAGAACUCAGUUGGGAGGUUUGUCCCCCAGUUUUCAAACCCCAGGAAGACAAUGGCAAGAAAAGCAGAGACCAGGGAAGAGGACCUCGGGAGUGGGGCCUUCAGCCUGCUGCUUCCUGUGGGGAGCAGGCUGGGCCCCUGCUGGCCUGGCCCCAACCCAUGUAGCAAGGGAGACCCCAUCGAAGUGGCCAAGGCCCAGCCAAGUACCCACGUGGGGAUCCAGGCCCGUGAGGCCCCCGGGAUGGAGGAUGCCACAGAUGUCGUGCGCGGCCUCGUCGUCGAGCUGUCCAACCUGAACCGGCUGAUCAUGAGUGCCCACCGCGACCUGGAAGCCUUCAAGCGCCUCAGCUACCGCAAGGCAAAGCCAGCAGGGAAAGCCCCUCUGCCCUACUCCUCCAAGGGGGCUGGGAAUGUCCCCCGAGGGGAGCAACCCUGGAGGGACUUGUAGGCUGCUUCCCAGGGGCCUGUGUGUGCACGCAUGCAAGUGUUUUCCUCUGCACCCCAGCCCAUGCCAUUGUGGGCUACCUGGUGUUUUGUUUCCCCUCCAAGAUACUCCAGGGGGUCCUAGUGGCCCAGUAACCUCCCCUCAGCCAACCUGGCAGUCAGCCUGGCAGGAGCUACACACAGGAACCCUGGGGUCCUCCCCGACCCAGCCUGGCACG